AUGGUGGUGGCUUCCACAAAUUCUAUUAGGAGCGAAAAGAUCAUACCCAUUGAGCUUCCUGUGGUGGACCUAACUGCUGAAAGAUCGAUGUUGAUAAAACUCAUCGUGAAAUCAAGCGAAGAAUAUGGUUUCUUCAACGUGAUCAACCAUGGUGUCUCUCAUGACAUCAUAGCUAAAAUGGAAGAAGCAGGUUUUGAUUUCUUUGCCAAACCAUUGGCCCAAAAGAAACAAGCAGCGCCUGGUAACCCUUUUGGUUAUGGUUGCAAGAACAUAGGUUUCAAUGGAGACAUAGGUGAGGUCGAGUACCUUCUUCUCAAUGCUAAUGCUCCUUCUAUUGCUCAGCCGUCCAAAAAUAUCUACAAUGACCCAUCAAACUUCAGCUCUACGGUGAGUGCAUACACAGAUGGUGUGAGGGAGCUAGCAUGUGAGAUUUUGGAGCUAAUGGCAGAGGGUCUGGGGGUCCCUGAUACAUUGGUUUUCAGCAGGUUGAUCAGGGAGGUUGACAGUGACUCAGUCCUCAGGCUCAAUCAUUAUCCACCUAUACUCAACAAAGACUCCAAUCACUGGGACAAGUCACCCUCUUACAAUAGUUGCAAAGUUGGAUUUGGAGAGCAUUCUGACCCUCAGAUCAUAACCAUCCUUAGAUCCAACGAUGUGGGUGGCCUUCAAAUUUCUCUUGAAGAUGGGGUGUGGAACCCAGUCACUCCUGACCCCUCUGCUUUCUCUGUUAAUGUGGGUGAUCUAUUAGAGGUUAUGACAAAUGGAAGAUUUGUAAGCGUGAGACAUAGGGCUGUGACAAACGCAUGCAAGUCCAGAAUGUCGGUGGCAUAUUUUGGGGCUCCACCACUUCAUGCCUGCAUUGUUGCUCCACCAGUUAUGGUUACACCACAGAGGCCCUCACUCUUCAAACCAUUCACUUGGGCUGAAUACAAGAAAGCCACCUACUCUCUGAGGCUUGGAGAAUGCCGCAUUGACCUUUUCAGGAAGUGCACACAAGUGGAGUAAUAGGUCAUGAGCAUUCAAAAGUAGAUUUGGUACCAACACCAGAGUGUAAAGUUUUUUUUUUUUUCCUUUUGUGUUUUCCUCUGGUGUCCUUAAGAGGGGGGGUAAGUAUAUACUUUUACCAAAAUGUGCCAACAAAUUUUUUCGUUGAGUGGAACUGUGAAAGUUAACUUGAUAAGGGAAACAAAGUUACUG